AGCUGGGUGAGUCAGGCCUAGGGAGCGGCCCCGAGGCUGGCGCACAGGAGCGGCCAACACAAAUCCACAAGGCCUCGGGGCCUGGCGAGCUGUGCGGGCGUUGCCCAGGUGUAAAGCAGGGGGCAGGCAGACCCGUCAGGUGUCUCGGGUAUCCGCCUCCGGAUCGGCCUGCCAUGGUCUGGAGUCCAGGAGUGACACUUGGCUCUUGUACAGCCCUCUCCAGCCACUGAGCUCAAAGGACAGAUUGCAAGAAGACCCUCCUGUGGGUGUCAGUGGUGCACCAUCUGAGAAUAACAUUAUGCAAUGGAAUGCAGUUAUAUUUGGGCCAGAAGGUACCCCUUUUGAGGAUGGUACUUUUAAACUAAUAAUAGAAUUUUCAGAAGAAUAUCCAAAUAAGCCUCCAACUGUUAGGUUUUUAUCAAAAAUGUUUCAUCCGAAUGUUUAUGCGGAUGGUAGCAUAUGUUUAGACAUCCUUCAGAAUCGCUGGAGUCCAACGUAUGAUGUUUCAUCUAUUUUAACUUCAAUUCAGUCUCUGCUUGAUGAACCUAAUCCAAACAGUCCUGCAAACAGUCAGGCAGCACAACUUUAUCAGGAAAACAAACGUGAAUAUGAGAAAAGAGUUUCAGCUAUUGUUGAGCAAAGCUGGAACGAUUCAUAAUAGAUGACUACUUUGUUAAUCUUCCUCCUCAUAAUCAUUGUGUACAAUUUAACACUCAGUAGAAAGGCUACCAGAAAUUUUAAGUGCCACAAGUUCUAAGGAUUUGCAUACAAACAUGUUUGCAAAAAAAUUAAGCCCUUCAGUUUAGAAACUUUAAAAGCUUGUGUAUCUUGAUUAAUGUACUUUUUAUUGCAUGGUAUGAACUAAGUUAUUGCUACAUAAAUUUGUAAUAUAUCCUGUUUGUAUUUUUUUUCCAAGUGUAUAAUGUUGAUGUGGAGUUUUCAUGAAAGAAUAUACACAUUUUGUAAAUCUGUACUUUUUCAAAUAUUGAAUGCCUUAUUUUUGAAUUCUUUAGAUUUUUAAAUUGGAGAAAAGCACUUAAAGUUUUUAUAUAUAAAUAUUACAUGUAAAACUGUUAAAUACAUAACCUCAGUGCAAGACAUUCUUUUGUUACUUUCUUUUGUAUCUCUUUCAAAGGGCUUAGUUUUAGUGUUGAAUCUUUUUUCUCUUGAUAAAUGCUAAUAUUAUGCACUUUACAAAUAUGAGGAAAACUUUGCUGUGAUGUGUAACUCAUUAAUAGUCUUCAGUGGAGACAUGUCUACCUACACUGGAGCUUAAUUUGGUCCUGAAAGUCUUCUUGCUCAUAUGUGGUAGGGAAGUAUCUGCCCCAUUUUACAAAUGGGGAAACUGAGGCACAGAUAAGUGACUUGUCUAAAGUCACACUGCAAGUCAGUGGCACAGCUGCAAAUAGAACCCAUAUCAUCUGACUCUGUCCUGUGUUUUGGCCCAUAGGCCAUCCUUUUUCUCACUAAUACAAGCUUCAUUAGUAUCACUGUUUCUUACAUGUAUAAGAUGCUUAAUAGCUUGUCACAUGCAGGGAAAGUAUUAAUAACUUAACAGGUCUUUCACAUCUCAUUUUAACACAUAUGAAAUAGGUUUACUAUAACUUGAUCUCUGAUCAUCCAAAAUUGCGUAAUUCCUAAAUAAGAGGUUUUGUGUCUUCCUGUGCAAGUUGAUACAUAAUAGGAUAUUAUUUUUAUUAUUAUAUUUACUCUUCCUUAAAUUGGGAGUAUGGGAUUUUCUAAAUUUGUUAGUCUCUAAGGUGCCACAAGUACUCCUGUUUUUGCGGAUACAGACUAACACGGCUGCUACGCUGAAAUUUGAAUUUUAUCUAAUUGCAAAGCAUUACCUAAAUCUAUCAUGUAUCACAUACUGUUACUGAGAUGUAUUGUUGAUGUUAAUUUUCUAAUUGUAGCCAAACAGUUGGGUUUCUUACCCAUUCCACCUAGAAAACAAACUCCUGCAAGACAGAAUGAUUUCAGAGAACUACAUUUAAAUGUGAUUGUAAAAGUGAUAUUGUCUAACUCCAUGGCUGUUUCUGAGACUUGAGAUCAAAUUCGUUUAGUUUACAAUUAAAGUGAGGUGGGGUUUUAUAACUGCCACUUUAAUAACUUCUCCCUGCAAUCGGAAAGUUAGGUUGGGUCCCUGUAAUAUCACAUCAUCUGUAAUAAAGAUUUUACAGGCCCUAUUUUGUCCCCAGCGAUACACGUACAAUCUCUUAGACUUCAGAUUCCAUCCUCCAUUACCUGUGUACAACCGUGCAAUCUCUACGGGGGUUGUACAGUAUAAGGCAUGACAGUAACUGCAUUUCUAUCUUAGUUAACAAUUUUGCUGAGGAUGUACAAGCCAGCACAAACUUAUUUUUAUCAUUAAACUAAGGACUUGUCUACACAGGGAAGUAAGUGCGAAGUAAUCUAGAGUGUGAAUUUAAAACAUACUAGCUGUUGCCUACCAGCUACCCAUGUGGACACUUAUUGUGCAUUGAAUGCCUGCGAGUAAUUUAGCUUAAUCAACUUCCAAAGUGCAGUAAGCUACGGUGCACAAAGACCUUUUUAGUGUGCAGUAAGAGUGUCUACUGGGGCAGUUAGUGCAGAAUAGCUAGUGUGCACCAGCUGCUAUGGCCUUUUUUCCCAUGUAGACAAGCCCUUGGCAUACAUUGAAAACACACGGGAUACCGACGCAACAAAGGUGCUGAUAUUAAUCACUUUGCCAAACUGCAUUUUAAGGGCUCAUUUGUAAGAUGUACGAAUGAGUAAUAAAAAGGGAGCAAUGUAAAUAUAUGCCAGUGUAUUGCUCAAUACUCCUCUUGAAAAAAACAGACGUUUAAUUUGGCUUCAGUUAGAAACUAAAAGACUAUGAAAUGCUGGCAGGUAAAAGCAAGCUCUGCCUUUAUUUAUACACUGAUGCAGUAAACAGUUGUAUUAUAAUUCAUCGUGGACUAUUUACUGACUUUUACAUGUAUUGAUAUUAGAUUUCAAAACUGAAACAGUAUAUGCCCAACAGAGAAAUGCCAUCUAGUUGAAUAUAGGACCUCACUUUGCUCAGCCAAUUACAGUACAUAAUGAAAAUAA